AUGUACCCCAAUCUUCAAGAGAAAGCUGUCGUUGACGCCGCAGAGAAGAUCAUGAUAGAAACAAUGAAGAGGUACGACCCUUCACACGACAGACACCAUGUGGAACGAGUUCGUAAAACUGCCCUGUCGUUAGCACGAAACAUAAACCCUACCCCAGAUCUGUUGAUCGUAGAAAUCGCUGCAUUACUGCAUGAUGUUCUAGACAAAAAAUACGUGUCUCCCGAAGAGGCUGCCGAUCCUUAUAAUUUCUUCCUACCCUUUUUUCAGGAGAUGUCUGAACAACAUGGACUCGAUCUGAUCCAGGAUGGCAGGGCCAAAAUUAUAACUAGGGUAAUUGAGAACGUUUCGUGGACAACUGAAAACAAACUCAGAGCUGCCGGUGAAUGGUCAACUUGGCACGACCAGUGUGUGGAGCUUCAUUGUGUCCAAGACGCGGAUAGACUCGAUGCUAUAGGCGCUUUUGGUAUCAUGAGGUGUGCUGCAUAUGGCACUGUGAUAAAUCGGCCCCUCCACACGGCUCCCGGCGACCCCGAAUAUGAGCAUGCAACCAUACACCAUUUCUAUGAUAAGUUAGUGAAAAUUCGCGACCGACUCAAAACAGUCCCCGGAAAAAAAUUAGGGGUCAAACGGCACCAAGUGCUCUUGGACUUCCUUGCUUCUGUAGACGAAGAGGCUGGCGGAAAAAUAGAGUGA